CUUUUAUUUAUAAAUUAUACAUUUAACUUUAGAUUAAUGUACUUGUUCGAAUCACGAUUGACCCAGACUCCACUGUUAAAGGGUUGAAUAAUAGAAUAUAAUUAAUUAUCUUUCAUAGCCCGAAUACUUGUUCCAAAUAGAAUGAUAAUUUAUUAUAUAAAAAUUGCAUUAUAUCAGGGGUAAAUAACUGUACACGUUACCCCAUCAGAUAAAAUUUCCCAAACGACAACGAUCAUCCCCCCCAACCACCCCUUUUUUAAAUAGCCUCGAUUCGACUGGGAUUCUCCAUAAAGAAAAAGUAGAAAUUGUGGCGGGUACACAGAGAAGGUGGAGUAUAAAAAAUGAAAAGAAAAAAGAAUAAGGGAUAGGGUCGGAUGGCAGAGGCACGAGAUCCUUCCCACGUCGACGAAACGUGCUGAAAGCGUGCUACUCGCGUGGCCGUUAGAGCAUCACGUCGAAGGAGGAGGGGUCUUUGGUGCAUCGAGCCGGAAUCUUUCUCACGGACGAGAAGGACGUCAGGUGCAGGACCUCCUUCAGGAAGUACAACGGUUCCUUACAAGGAUUCGCGACUUCUGCCUUCCCACGCUCCUCCAGUUGUAACGGCCAGAUUCGACUCUCUGUUCCCCUACUUUGUGGUCCCGUCACCUUGUGUCUGGUGGUUCCCUUUUUUUUUUUUUCAUUUUCCUUUUUUAUUCGAGCCUCGAUGAUUAACGGUCCUGGACACCGCUGGUGUGAAGCGAGGAUUAUCGUAAGGUUUCUCUGGACCAUCAAAGUAAUCAAUAAAUACAAUAAUUAACACAUUCAUUAUGAAGCUCUAGAAAUGAGUCGGUUUUAAUUAUUAAUAUUGACGAAGGAAUUAGUUGGUCAUCGAAUCGUUUAAAAAUCAUGAAAUAUUAUACCAGUCCCAAUAACGGAACAUCCUAAUCGUACUUCCUAAUAGGGAAAUAGGAAAAAGGAAAUGAAUUUCCAAAGGACCGAGGCAACAAUGGAAGGGUCCAGGCUGUUGCGAUUUCUGGGCAUGGGAAAAAUCAUAGGGAAGGGGGCGAAUUUCGAACACCUGGAUUUUCCAGAAACGAAAGGGCCACGCGACUGGCCAGCACGCAGAUCACGCCUCGAAGUCAAGUGGCUCGUUACCGGAUCGUGGGAAUCUUUUCGAGGCCUCGAUCGGAAAUUCGACUCACGGGCCAGCAGGCGGAUUCGAGAUUCGUCCCACUUGUUAUCCACGCGACUGCCACGCUCGCAUUACCCUACACCCGUUAGCCUACCUUCCAGAAGUAAACAAAUUUCUGUACCCUGGAUGAAUGAAGAGAAAUAAAUGUUGGAAUUCAAAAUUUGGAGCCAUCGUCAGAGUGUUUCAUUAUGUUCCUUAACAACCGUAAGUCCACUCCAUGAACCUUGCAACAACCAGCCAGAUCGACUCCCAUUCUCAAACCCGACCCAGUCAUCAUCAGUCCAUUACCACGUUGCGGUCAAACGUCUCCAGGCUAGAAUCGAGCGAUCAGAGAAAAGUCUUCCACGUGUCGGCCACGCUUCGGACCGCUCGUAAAUCAGCACCAUCAGAGACCAGGUUUUGAAAAACUGAAUAGACAUUGCGACACCUGCAAUGAUGUCAUACGAAUACCCUCACCCGGUUUCUAGGACGUAUCAAUAUAAAAAAAUAACAAAACCAUUGUUAGAAAGAAAACGACGUGCACGAAUAAACAAAUGCCUCGACGAGUUGAAAAGUCUAAUGAUAGAUGCAUUAGAGACGGAGGGGGAGGACAUCAGUAAACUGGAGAAAGCGGACAUUCUGGAGCUGACCGUGCGCCAUUUACAAAGGCUUCAAGGAUCACAGUCUUCCGGUACGAUCGCGACUAACGACGAGGUAUCGGCUGAAAGUCGGUGGCUGUCCGGUUUCGGCCACUGUGCAGCUGAGGCGUACAGAUUUCUCUCGGCUCUUCCAGGUGAAGGUGCGGAAAGGUUAGCAAGACACCUCGCAGCUGGUCUUCAGAAGAGCCGACAAACGAAUUCAUCGCUAAAAACAAAUAUAUUAACGCAGAUAUUAGCAAACUUGAACCUCACGGUCGACCUGGUAACACCACCCCUGGGAAAUCCUGUGGAAGAUAGUAGAGUAACAUCCACCAAUCAAAACGCGAUUAAUUAUCCUGGCGCAGUUCGCGAUGGAGCGUUCAAUCUUCCGACUGCUUGCAACUCAGUUGGAAUGAUUGAUAAGAAAGACACGCUAGAUAGGGCUGAUGUUUCUGAAAUGAAAGAUUCGAGAGAGCAGCGCGCUGCGAAGAGGAUCAAAACGGAAGUCAGAGCUGAAGAUGAUGAAGAAAUUGAUGUGGAACGCGUUGAUGAAACUGAUCCUAUGUGGCGACCGUGGUAGGGUUCAGAGAAAGUUUAAUAAUGCAACUGAUGCAAUGGUUUUUGUGAUUAAUAGUGUUAAGGGUUCAAUUGAUUGCUUUAAUUAGAGUUAAAAAAUAAUGAGACAAGUAUCUUUAUCGGUGAAAAAUAAAUUUUCAAAUCAAUUUUGUAAUAGUACAAUGAAUAUCAUUCCUGUAACUAAUGUAUAACGAUGCAAAAAUGAAGCACAGAGUGUAGAAAUAAAUAUAUCAUUAAUAUUGUUAAAUAUAAUAUAGAUAUAGAUUUAACAUAUUACAGUAUAAAUGUAAUAUAAUUAACAUAAUAUAAUGUAGAGAAAUUUUUAAACGUACAA